AUGGUCAACAUUUUGUAUAGACCACGUUUGCCCAAUGGCAAACAUGUACCUUUGAAUUGGUCUCUUAAACUGUAUCGUUGGACUAAUAUAAUCUGUUGGCCCUUGGAGGAUAAUGCACCCUAUUGGUUUCAUUUGUUUGAUCGUUUCUUGUGGUUUUUGGGUUUUGUAACUUUUGUAGUGCACAACGAUGCUGAGUUUAGAUAUUUGGGUGUGUAUUUUAAUAAUUUGGAUGAAAUGUUAACGGGAGUACCUACGUAUCUGGUGCUGAUAGAACUACAUUUACGAGCCUUCUCGUUGGGUUGGAGAAAACAUGAUUUUAAGAGAUUACUGAAGAAAUUUUAUGCGGAAAUUUAUAUAGAAGAAUCAGUGAACUCCCAGCUCUUCAACAAAAUCAAACGUCAAAUUUGGCCAAUUCUAACAUUUUCUCUGCUCUAUUUCUUGGCUCUAAACUCAUACAUUGUCACUGCGGUCUAUGUCUUGUCCACCAAUAAAAGAGAACUGCUCUACAAAAUGAUACCACCCGUGGACUACAAGAAUAAUUUCUACAUCUUUUUUAUUCUGCUAAUGAGUAACAUUUGGGUGGGUUUCAUAGUCACCACCAUGAUGUUUGGAGAAGGCAACAUGUUGGGCCUUUUAAUAUUUAAUCUGAACGGUCGUUAUAUAAUGAUGCGUGAAUCGUUCAAUAACAAACUGGAUACAUUGUUGAAGAGUAAUACCAAUACCAAUAUUGUUCAGAAAUAUGAGCGAUUGUUAAUGGAAACGUUAAAGGAAAACUUGAGAUUAAAUAAAUUUGCCCGCGAGAUACAAGAUGAAUUUUCGUUUCGUAUAUUUGUUAUGUUUUCGUUUAGUGCCAUAUCGUUGUGUGCCUUGGGUUUUAAGGUCUAUACGAGCCCUGUUAAUAGCAUUGGUUAUGCCUUUUGGGCUAUAGGGAAAAUUCAAGAAAUUCUGGCCUUUGGUCAAUUGGGCUCUACUAUUAUAAGCACGACCGAUCAACUAAGUUCCAUGUAUUAUGAGUCCAAAUGGGAAACCGUAAUUGAGCGUUCCUUGAAUUCAGCAGAAAAUGUUCAUUUAAUGAAAUUCGUUACAUUAUCUAUAGUCACCAAUCGCAAUCCUUUUCAUUUUACUGGCUUGAACUUCUUUAAUGUUUCUUUGGUUUCUGUUGUUGCGAUUUUACAGGGAGCUGGCUCAUAUUUUACAUUUUUGAUUUCUUUACGUUAA